AUGACGGGGUCGUCGACUCAUACAACAAGACGGGUUGUAUCCGCUAUCGCAGCAACUCUCGUGGCUCUCGCCUGCGGAACCAACUAUGCAUACUCAGCAUGGGCGCCCCAAUUCGGGCAACGGAUGAAGCUAUCGUCCACCGAAACCAAUCUCAUAGGUGCUGCUGGAAAUCUGGGGAUGUACGCCUCUGGUAUUCCUCUGGGAUUAUUGACCGAUACUCGAGGUCCACGCAUUGCAACCCUGCUGGGUGCCAUCACCCUUGGGACAGGAUAUUAUCCAAUCUAUCGGGCCUAUGAGAAUGGACAAGGGUCGAUGGCAGUGAUCUUUCUUUGCUUUUUUACUUUUCUUACUGGCUUUGGAAGUUGCUCUGCUUUUGGAGGGUCUAUCAAGACAGCGGCUUCAAACUUUCCUGAACACCGUGGAACGGCAACUGCGUUUCCCCUGGCUGCCUUUGGAUUGAGCGCCUUUUUCUGGUCCUCAGUAUCUACCGCAAUUUUCAAGGAUGAUACUGGCCGAUUCUUGUUGCUGCUGGCAGUUGGCACGUUCGUCUUAAAUAUCGUUUCGAUUCCGUUCCUUCGGAUCCUGCCUCCCAAUGACUCUUACAUCCCACUAUCACACCCCCGCCCAACAGCUGUCGAGUCCAGGCGACUAUACAAAACCAGAUCCAACGAGUCCCGAUUGCAUCCAGGCGAUUCUGGUGAAGCAGGUACGCAAAGUUCUUUUGAAUCACAACCCUCGGCACAUGUCAGGUCACAUUCACCCUUGUCGAAUCCCCAUUCACCUACUCACAACCCCGAUCUCGAUGAAAACUCAUCUUUGGUAUCCAAAGCCACCUCAAGAGCUUCCCAGGAAUCUUUCGAUGGAGAAGAGGAGGAUCCUCUAUCUGACCUUGACUUCGACUCACCUCAACCAGACGUUAGAGGCCUCGCGAUGCUGCCUCGCGUAGAAUUCUGGCAGCUUUUCUUGACAAUGGCGCUUCUUUCUGGAAUUGGACUGAUGACAAUCAACAACAUUGGAAACAGCGCCGAAGCGCUUUGGAGACACUACGACGAUAGCGCUACCGCCAAGUUCAUCCAGCAACGACAGGUUAUGCAUGUAUCCAUCCUGUCAUGCGGUAACUUCAUUGGCCGUCUCUCUAGUGGUAUUGGGUCCGACUUGUUGGUAAAGAAGCUAAACAUGUCGCGCUUCUGGUGCCUCUUCGUUUCCGCGGCUGUAUUCACAGUGACUCAAAUCGCAGGAGCUGCGAUCUCAAACCCCAACCAGCUGGUCAUUGUAUCUGGAUUCACCGGAGUGGCCUAUGGCUUCCUCUUUGGCGUGUUCCCGUCAUUGGUCGCCCAUACAUUCGGUAUCGGCGGUCUUUCUCAAAACUGGGGUGUUAUGACGCUUGCUCCUGUUCUGAGCGGUAAUGUCUUUAACCUCAUCUACGGCCAUAUCUUUGACGGGCACUCCGUGGUCGGUCCCAAUGGUGACCGGGAUUGUCCAGAUGGACUGGGCUGUUAUCAAGCCGCAUACUACACCACAUUUUUAUCGGGUCUUCUCGGUGUGUCGGUAUGCUUGUGGAGUAUUGUGCGCGAGAAGCGCAACCCUAUCUUGCACCAGAAGGUCGAACAUGACCGUCUUGCUUAA